GUAUUGUUUUCCUUUGAAAGGAAAGUCACCUCAAGUAAUUUGAUUAAUUGUUUGAUUGUUAAUUUAAUCUAAAUCUUGUUUUUAAUUUUUUUUCUUCUUCUAAAUUGAUUAGCCAUGUCUAACCUGUUGAACAAUGGACGCCCAUUGUUGAGGCGAUUGGUUCAAUUGGCUCCAAUUAGAGGUGCAACAACUAAUGGUGGUAAAAUUGUCUCUUCACCUUCUGGUUCAAAGGGUUCAGAGGUCACUGAGAAAGAUGAGUUUUCAUUUGAAAUAAUUGAUAAAUCAACACAUACUGGUCAAAAGUGGGAAUCAAAUGAUUACCGGAUGGCUCGAUACAUUGGUAAAGAAAAGAAAGUCAAUCCUCAUUAUGCCAUUGAUUUGAUUGCGGAAACUGCACCAAUCGCUUGUAAGACAAGAGUUACAACUUGUGAUGGAGGAGGUGGACCACUUGGACAUCCUCGGGUCUUCAUUAAUUUAGAUCAACCUGGUAAUCAUAGUUGUGGAUAUUGUGGAUUACGUUUCUAUAAAGAGGAUCAUCAUCAUUAAAAGUGAAAAGAAAACUAAUCCAACUCUAUUAUGUUAUAAACACAAAACAAAAAACAAACCAAGCCAAGGAAAAGUGAACCAGGCUAACAAACAAUUUAUCUCUCCCUUUCUGUUGAUUAUUAAUUUUUAGAGAUAUUUAAUUGUAAAUUUUUCCAAAAGUCACUCAUAAACUACAACUAUUAACAGUUAA